AUGUUACCACACUUUCUCCUGAUCUUCACAGCUGUGUGUGGUGUAUCUCCAUACGUUCCUCAUCGGUAUCACUUUGUGAAUCUGAGUAAAACCUGGACUGAAGCUCAGAGCUACUGCAGACAGACCUACACUGAUCUGGCCACCAUCAACAACAUGGACGAGAUGAAGAAGCUGAUUGAGACUCUGAAGGAUAAAGCUCAAGGCUUUGUUUGGAUUGGUCUGAACAGAGGGGACACUGGGAAAUGGAGGUGUACAGACCAGAACUGGAGAAAUGGAGAACCAGAUAAUCGUGGAGAAAAGAAGUUCUGUGUUGCGAUGAAGAAACAAGAUGGAAAGUGGUUUGAUGACAACUGUGAGAGUAAACAUACUUUUGUGUGUUUUGACGAUGAGCUGAUCUUGAUCCAGAAGAAUCUGAGCUGGGCAGAAGCUCUGAGAUACUGCAGAGAGAAUCAUGUGGACCUGGUCUCAGUUCACUCUGAGGAGAUCCAGCUCUGGGUGGAGGAUGUGGCUCAGAAUGCCUCCACUGAUCAUGUGUGGCUGGGUCUGCGUCACACCUGCACCCUCAGCUUCUGGUUCUGGAUGAGUGGAGACUUUAUCUGCUAUGAUAACUGGGCUCCAGGUAACGGGACAGAAGGUGAAGACUGCAGUCCUAUAGAGAGAACCGGAGCGGUGCAGGCUGGAGAAGAUCAGCAGUGGGUCAGCCUGCCUGAGAACCAGACUCUCAACUUCAUCUGCAUCAAAUAUGAAGGUUAG